AUGAUUGCUAAACAUACGGAUGCAUCUGUACCAUUCGGAAACAUUAAUGUGAUGUUUUCAGGUGACUUUUUACAAUUUGCACCUGUACGUAAUAUGGCUCUCUACAGUGACGUAAUUUCGCCAAUAACUGACACAAAUGAUUCCGAAAAACAAAUUAAAGACAAGAAUACUCAACGUCAGAUUCAAUAUCGAGUUGAAAGAGCGUUAUGGACACACGUGAAUACUGUCGUAACAUUAACAAGACAAAUGCGAGUUGAGGAUCCGGAUUUUCUUGCAAUUCAAAAUCAUAUUCAUUUCGGUAAUGGUACAGUCGAAGAUCAUAAAAAACUUUGUACACGUAUCGUUAGUCCUCUCAAUGAUUUAAAAAAUUUGAAUGAUAUGGAACGGAAAAAAAGCUGUCAUGCUUGUGUGUCGCAAUUAUUUAAGAACGAGAUUAAACAAUGUCUGUAA